UAAUAAUGACGCAAGUUCCUUCUGCGUGUUUACAGUUUUGUAAUUGUCUCGUUAUUUUGUAAUCCCGGUGCUUUUAUUUUUUCUUCUUUUUCUUCUAACUUAUGCAAUCAAAAUUGAUACUUAAACUAUUCGAGAAAAAUAAAAUGCUUCUCUCGAUCAUGAUAUUUGUUAUCUGUUGAUAAUGUUUUGCGAUUAUUUCUAAAUAACCUUGUGAAAAUUGAGAAUUCUUUAACACUUGGUUAUUCUUUUCAAUCUCAAUAAAAUUUUCGUAUUUGAGUGUCCUAUCUAUUAAACGCGUCUUUAGCCCGUGUAGUUAAAGAAAAGUCGUGACCAAUAUUACCUAAUUGAAGAAUGAAAAGUUAAACUCAAAAACAAAAUGUCUUGUUUUUUGUCAAGAAGAGUGAUCCUAAAGGUAGCUUCGAACCAAACACUAUUUCAACUUUCCAAAUUAUCAUGUUCUUUAAAAUAUUCUCAGUAUAAAUUUCCUUUCAAAAAUGCUUCUGGAACAUAUAGUUUUAAACUAAAGCCUAACUUUUCAACUUCUUCGAAAGAAAAUAACAGAACCAGUCAAAACCCUCGAUUUUGGCUUGGAAUUGGUUUGUUUUCAACCGGCGUUGCACUUUGGUAUUUGAAGGAUGUGAAGCUGUUAGCUGAAAAACGAAAGAAUGUAGCUGGUGUUGAAAUUGCUGGACUUCCUGAGUUUUCAGCUGAUGAAAUUUCAAAACAUGAUAGCAUAGAAAAAGGAGUUUGGGUCUGUUUCAAAAGUGGUGUUUAUGAUAUUACAGAUUUUAUCUCCAAGCAUCCUGGUGGUGACAAGAUUUUGAUGGCUGCUGGGGCAUCAAUUGAACCGUUUUGGGAGAUAUUUGCUGUUCAUAAAAGUGAGCAAGUCAUGGAAAUGUUAGAGGAAUAUCGAAUAGGAAAUUUGAGACCUGAUGAUAGAGGUUUAAGUAUUGAUAAGUCAAACGAUCCUUUUGCUUUAGACCCGAAACGACAUCCUGUGUUACAGCCUCGUUCAAAGAAACCUUUUAAUGCUGAACCACCUGAAGAUCUAUUGGUAGAAAAUUUUUUGACACCAAAUGAGGUAUUUUUUGUUCGAAAUCAUCUCCCUGUGCCUCUAGUCGAUCCUGAUGAGUAUGAAUUAGAAAUUGAAGGAAUAGGUAUUAAAGAAAUCACUCUGAAUCUCAAUGAUAUUAAAACAAAAUUUAAAAAGCAUCAAAUUACUGCUGCCAUACAGUGUGCUGGAAACAGACGCACAGAGUUAAAUGCUGUAAAAGAAGUCAAGGGCUUAAGUUGGGGUGGUGCUGCAAUUAGCAAUGCUGAAUGGGCAGGAGCAAGAUUAUAUGAUGUUUUAAAAUAUGCUGGUGUUGAUUUUGAUGAUCCGAAGAUUCAACACAUUCAAUUUGAAGGAUUGGAUAUGGAUCCUGCAAACUGUCCAUAUGGUGCAUCGAUUCCUUCUAUUAAGGCCCUCGAUCCUAAAAAUGAUGUACUACUUGCAUAUGAAAUGAAUGGUAAAGAAUUGCCUAGAGAUCAUGGAUAUCCUAUAAGACUUGUUGCUCCAGGAAUUGUUGGUGCAAGGAAUGUAAAGUGGUUGGGAAAAAUCAUUGUAAGUGAUGAAGAAAAUAAAAGUCAUUGGCAAGUAAAUGAUUACAAAGGAUUUUCCCCAUCAACGACCUGGGAAAAUGUCGAUUUCUCUUCUGCGCCUGCUAUUCAAGAGCUUCCUGUUAAUUCAGCCAUUUGUAAACCCUCUGAAAACAGUAAUGUCACUUUGGAGGAUAAUUGUUUGAAAGUAGAAGGCUAUGCAUGGAGUGGAGGGGGAAGGAAAAUAGUGAGGGUGGAUAUCACUGUUGAUGGUGGGAAAACAUGGCAUAAAGCUGAUUUGCAACAAGAUGACAGUCCUUUAUAUAAAUGUUGGGCUUGGACUCUGUGGAAUGCAAAAAUUCCGGUUGAUGUCCAAGGGGUAACUGAUUUACAAAUUAUAUGCAAAGCUAUUGAUUCAUCCUAUAACAAUCAACCAGAUUCCUUCCCACCUAUAUGGAAUUUACGUGGGGUCUUGGGUAAUGCAUGGCAUAGAGUAAAUGUAAAAGUUUGUAAAUAAAUUAAGUUUUUAUUUAUUUUGUUAUUCAUGUAUAUAUGUAUGGAUUUAUAUGAAUUGAAGAACAAUAAAAUUUAUAACAAAACUUU